UCUAGAAGAUAGUCCAUUCUAGGAGGCCAAAAUCUAAAACAUAAUGGCCAUAGACCAUAAUGAAGAAAUUGACAAUUCAGCAUAUCAAAGUCAGGCCAAUAUGCCUAAAGAAAAUAAUAUUGUCAAUAUUUAUAUAAAGGUAAUAUAAUUAGGGGCCUACAAGACUAGUAUACAUCGACAAAACUUUUAAGACAUUGGUGUUGUUGAGUGUGAUCUAGUAAUGGAGUAGGCUUAGGUAACGCUUUGAUGAUGUGUAUCGUUGCAUUGUGCGCGAAAAAGCGCUGAUUUUUGUUGUGGGGUGUUUGAACAAGUGUGAUAUGGUACGGUAUGGAUUUUUCUUUUCAAUUCUAAACACAGAAAACAUGGCUACUGAAUUACAGAAAUUUCCCAAAGGUACAAAAAAGGUGUAUACCCACUUUCUAAAAAUACUGGUAGAAACUGUAUCCUGCACACGGUGUUCUGUUUCUUCAGGCAUCAGAGUUUCACAAUAAAUGACAGCAUGAUGGCAUUACGCAUUAAAAAAAAAACAAAAAAAAAAACUAUAGGUCCUUACUAUAAAUAUGACUGCUUUACUAAUUAUGAUUAUGAUUACAUACAGUCAAGCCGUUGGCGAUAAAAGGUAGACCUUGUUACAACUUCAUCAGAACUGCUGCUGACAUUAUAUUAGCACUGCAUAUAAAUCACUGUCUCGUACAACGACUGUUUUGAUAACAUAUCAACUUUAAGAUAUUCGUUAGAAGAUGGCCGAUCAAAAGCAAAUACGUGUGAUGCUGUGGUGUGUACCACGAGCAGGUUCAACAGCUUUCCUUCGCUGCAUUGCUGGCAGAGAUGACGUCAAGGCAUUUCGUGAGCUUUUCGUUGCUUGCAGGUUCUUCGGACCAAAUGCAACAUCAGGAUUCGCAAAAGAACUCAAUGCACCAGUUGAGAAUGAAUUCACGUACGAAAAGGUUAAAGAAAAACUGGAAGCCGAUUAUGAUUUUCCUGUAAUUUUUGCUAAAGAUGGAGCUAAAUCAAUCUAUGGUCAUUACAACUGUAUACCAAAAGGUUUCCAACACACUUUCUUGAUAAAGAAGCCAUCAAAAAUCCACAUGUCUAAAAAAAGAUUAUUUGAUAAUUACAAAGUGUCCAUUGCGUCAGAUAAAAAUGCGACUUACGAUCAAACAACCGAUGAUCACUCUGGGUCACCUUUGUACGAAAUGCUUGAACUUGUAAAGUAUGUUCGCGACGUGCUCAAACAAGAGAUAAUUAUCAUCGACGGAGAUGAUCUUCUGGCGAACCCCGAAGCCAUGAUGAAGAAAUGGUGCGAAUCUGUUGGUAUACCAUUCAGACCCGAAAUGAUGACAUGGAAAAAGAAUUGCAACGUAAAUUGGGAAAUGUCAGAGGGUCACAAAAUGAUGAUGGACAUAUUUCCUAAAGCAUCAUAUAAUGCACUUAAUAGCGUCGGUUUCAGUUCUCAUGUUGCCGCAGAAGAAGUUGAUAAAACAGAUAUACCUGAAGAUGUUUUAAAAUGUAUUGAAGCAUCCGAACCAUACUAUAAAGAAUUAUAUGCAAUGAGAAUGACAGUUGAGUAAUUUCAACAAUUCUCUAAUUAAUAGGCCUAUUAAGUCUUCUACUGCAUUGUUUACACAUAUGACAAACAAGUAUUAUAUUGUGUUUAAAAGUUGAAACAAAUAGCCAGUUUAAUAUUAAGAAUACUACAACCAACUAAAGAGUUAUCAACUUAAGUGAGAAUGACAGAGUUGAAUCAUACAGUAAUGGCGAAGCCAAGGGGUUGGAAGGCCCUCUUUACCAAACUUUCCUUAAACCCCACUCCCCAAAUGGUAAUGACGUUAUAGUUAAUUUAUACAUAUAUGAAACAUAUCAGAGAAUUUCAAUUUCAACUACCGUACUCGCGCGAAUAAGCACCCCGUUUGAAUAAGCGCCCCUCUUGAAUGAGCGCCCCUCCUAACUUGAGAAUUUCCUUAAGCGCCCCGUUUGAAUAAGCGCCCCUCAUUAAUUCAAUCAAUCCUGGACUGUGGAUGUUGGCAUGAUUUGAGGUGUGGAGUGGAAUCACA